AGGGCUGUCGCGCUCGACCAAUCACCGCGGUCGCCGAGGCGGGGAAAUCAAAAUGGCGGCCUGUCUCCGCCCGCCCGCCGGUUGCUAGGCGGCCAUUUUGUCGGAGCGGGGCCUCGGCCUCGGGCGUCGAGCGAAGGCGACCGGUCGUUGCCGAGCGAUGGCAGAGGUUGAGAUCUCUCCGCGGGCCUACGUGAAGAUGCAGCUUCACGCGGCCAAGUUGCCGUGGCGGGCGGUGAACGGCCUCCUGCUGGCCCAGCGCGUUGGCCCCGACCCCAGCCAGCCCUGCCUACUCCUCACCGAUGCCAUGCCUCUCUUCCACACCAGCCUGGCCCUCACACCCAUGCUGGAGGUGGCCCUGAACCAGGUGGACCUGUGGAGCGCUGCCAACAACCAGGUGAUCGCCGGCUACUACCAGGCCAACGACCAGCUGACUGACCGCAGCCCCAACCUGGUUGCCACGAAGAUCGGUGACCGAGUGGCUGAACACAUGAGAGGCGCCGUGCUGAUCAUGCUGGACAACGGCAAGUUAUCGGGCGAGUACGGCGGGCCGGCCGUGGUGGUCUACGAGCGCCAGGACAACAGGUGGACCCCCAAGGACAAGAACCUGGUGAUGUGGCGGGACUGGGCCGGGACCAGGCAGGCGCUGAGGGAGAUGAUGGCCUCCCGGGCCUACCGGCUCCUGGUCGACUUCGACGACCAUCUGGACGACAUCCGGCGCGACUGGGCCAACGGUGCCAUCAACCAGAGGCUGGGGGAGCUCACCCCCACCCCCGACAUCGACACCGACUCCUGACCCCCCACCCCCGACC